AUCAGAAAAUCCAAACAGCUGAGAACCUGCCUAAAUGCAUGGAAUAUGGGGAAAACUUCAGUCACGAUAAAGUCCUUGUUGACCGUCAAAGACUUCACAAAGGGGAGAAACCAUGUGAAUGCUUAGAGUGUGCUCAGGGUUUUGGUCAGCAUGGAAUGCUCAUGGCACAUCGAAGGAGUCAUGCAGAGGGAAAGCCAUAUAAAUGCUUGGAGUGUGGAAAAAACUUCUCUCAAAGUGGUGACCUCAUUAAACAUCAAAGGGUUCACACAGGGGAGAAGCCAUAUGAAUGUCUAGAGUGUGGGAAGAGCUUCAGUCAGAGCACAGGCCUUAUUCAUCACCAGAGGAUUCACACAGGUGAGGAGAAGCCAUAUAAAUGCUUGGAGUGUGGAAAGAGCUUCUGUUAUAGUGGCGACCUCACUAAACAUCAACGGAUUCACACAGGAGAGAGGCCAUAUAAAUGCCUGGAAUGUGAGAAGAGCUUCAGUCAGCAUGCACACCUUAUUUCACAUCGAAGGAUUCACACAGGGGAGAAGCCAUUUAAAUGCUUGGAGUGUGGGAAGAGCUUCAGUCACAACACAGCCCUUACAUUACAUCUCUGGCUACACAAAGAUGAGAAACCAUAUAAGUGUUUAGAAUGUGGGAAGGGUUUCAAUCACAGCACAACCCUUACUCGUCACCAAAGGAUUCACACAGGGGAGAAGCCGUAUAAAUGCUUGGAAUGUGGAAAGAACUUCUCUGACAGUGGCAACCUCACUAAGCACAAAAGGAUUCACACAGGCGAAAAACCAUAUAAAUGCUUGGAGUGUGGAAAAAACUUCUCUCACAGUGGUGACCUUGCUACACAUCAAAGAAUUCACAGAGGGGAGAGGCCAUAUAAAUGCUCAGAUUGUGGCAAGAACUUUUUUGAUCAAUCAGGCCUUAAUAAGCAUAAGAGGAUUCACACAGGAGAGAAGGCAUAUAAAUGCUCAGAGUGUGGGAAGAGUUUCAAUCAGCAAGCACACCUUACUUCACAUCUAAGAGUUCACACUGGGGAGAAGCCGUAUAAAUGCUUGGAGUGUGGGAAUAACUUCAGUCACAGUACAGCCCUUACAUUACAUUUUUGGCUUCACAGAGGGGAGCAACCAUAUCAGUGUUUGGAAUGUGGAAAGAGUUUCAGUCACAGCAGAACCCUUUCUCGUCACCAAACGAUCCACACAGGGGAGAAGCCAUAUAAAUGCUCAGAUUGCAGCAAGAGCUUUUUUGAUAAAUCAAGCCUUAAUAAACACGAAAAUAUUCACACAGGGGAAAAGUCAUAUGAAUGCUCAGAUUGUAAUAAGAACUUUUUUGAUAAAUCAAGCCUUAAUAAACAUAAAAGGAUUCACACAGGGGAAAAGCCAUAUAAAUGUUUGGAGUGUGGUAAGAACUUCUCUUCCAGUGGCUACCGCACUAUACAUCAAAGGAUUCACACUGGGGAGAAGCCAUAUACAUGCUCUGAGUGUGGAAAGAGCUUCAACCAGAAUGCAAACCUCAUUAAACAUCAAAGGACUCACACAGGGGAGAAGCCAUACAAAUGCUAUGAGUGUGGAAAGAACUUCUCUCAGAAUACCCACCUAACUGUUCACCAAAGGAUUCACACAGGUGAGAAGCCAUAUGGCUGCUUGGAGUGUGGGAAGAGCUUCAUCUGGAAGGAUAGUGUUACUUUACACCAGAGGAUUCACACAGGGGAGAAGCCCUAUAAAUGCUUGGAGUGUGGAAAGAACUUCAGACAGAGCCACCACCUUAUGUCACAUCAACUCAUUCACACUGGGGAGAAGCCAUUUAAUUGUUCAGAUUGUAACAUGAGCUUCUCUCAUAAAUCAGGCCUUGAUCAGCAUAAGAGGAUUCACACAGGGGAGAAGCCCUAUCAAUGCUUGGAGUGUGGGAAGAGCUUCCGACAGAGCCACCAUCUUACUACGCAUCAGCUCGUUCACACUGGGGAGAAGCCGUUUAAUUGCUCAGAUUGUAGCAUGAGGUUUUCUCAUAAAUCAAACCUUAAUCAACAUAAGAGGAUUCACACAGGGGAGAAGCCAUAUAAAUGCUUAGAAUGUGGAAAGAGCUUCAGUCAGCUUGUAAACCUCCUUACACAUCAAAGAGUUCACACAGGAGAAAAGCCCUAUCAGUGCUUGGAGUGUGGUAAGAACUUUUCUCAAAGUUCCCACCUCAUUAGCCACCAGCAGAUUCACACAGAAGACAAGCGUUAUAAAUGUUUGGAGUGUGGAAAAAACUUCUCUCAGAGUGGCAAACUCACUGACCAUCAACGGAUUCACACAGGAGAAAAGCCCUAUCAGUGCCUGGAGUGUGGAAAGAGCUAUAGAUGUAGAGUAAGCCUUAUUUCACAUCAACUCACUCACACUGGGGAGAAACCAUUUCAGUGCUCUGAUUGUAAUAAGAGGUUUUCUGAUAAAUCAGGCCUUUAUCAACAUAAGAGGAUUCACACAGGGGAGAAGCCCUAUCAGUGCCUGGAGUGUGGGAAGAGCUUCAGACAGAAACUCCACCUUACUUCACAUCAGCUCGUUCACACUGGGGAGAAGCCAUUUAAUUGUUCAGAUUGCAGCAUGAGUUUCUCCCAUAAAUCAGGCCUCCAACAACAUAAGAGGAUUCACACAGGGGAGAAGCCAUAUAAAUGCUUAGAAUGCGGGAAGAGCUUCAGUCAGCACGCAAGCCUCAUAACACAUCAAAGGAUUCACACAGGAGAGAAGCCCUUUCGGUGCUUGGAGUGUGGAAAGAAUUUUUCUCAGCGUGCCCACCUCAGUAGCCAUCAGCAGAUUCACACAGCAGAGAAACCGUAUAAAUGUUUGGAGUGUGGGAAAAACUUCUCCCAGAGUGGCAACCUCUCUGACCAUCAACGGAUUCACACAGGAGAGAAGCCCUAUCAGUGCUCGGAGUGUGGAAAGAGCUUCAGACAGAGACACCACCUUACUUCACAUCAGCUCACUCACACUGGGGAGAAGCCAUUUCAGUGCUCAGAUUGUAGCAAGAGCUUUUCUGAUAAAUCAGGCCUUAAUCAGCAUAAGAGGAUUCACACGGGGGAGAAGCCUUAUCAGUGCCCGGAGUGUGGAAAGAGCUUCAGACAGAGACACCACCUCACUUCGCAUCAACUCAUUCACACUGGGGAGAAGUCAUUUAAGUGCUCAGAUUGUAGCAUGAGCUUUUGUCAGGAAUCAGGCCUUAAUCAACACAAGAGAAUUCACAGAGGAGAGAAUCCAUAAAAAUUAUUGGAAUGUGGGACAAGUUU